GGUGAAAUACACAAUCACUCACGCUAGGGGGCAGUAAUGCUCGCAAAAACGAAACUGCUAAUAAAUCCCAGAAGAAGAUGCAGAAGCAGAACACGACGCGCGGAACAGUCAGGAAUGAGAACACCUCCUGACGAUCGAGGAGAUAGCUUUUUGUGUUCACUUUCCUGCAAACAAAUCUCAAAUUUCCCUCUGCACGCAAGCACAUCAGAAGCUGCCACUAUGAUGAAAUCAGAGGAGAUUAAAUAUGAGAAUGUACCCAUGAGAAUCUCCAGUGGUCAGGAGAUUUCAUCUGGAAUUCACCACGUUAACAACACAUGGAGAGAAAUGCAGCCAGAAAUGUUCCAGUGCUCCUGGUGUGGGAAGAGUUUUAGUGAUAUGGGGAUUCUCGAAACGCACCGCUGCGUUCACACGGGAGAGAAGCCAUAUUACUGCUCACAGUGUGGGAAGAGAUUUAUUGAGAGAAGACAUCUCGAACGACACCAGCGCAUUCACACGGGAGAGAAGCCAUAUCACUGCUCGCAUUGUGGGAAGAGUUUUACCCGAGAGGACACCCUCCAACAGCACCAGCGCCUUCACACAGGAGAGAAGCCGUAUCACUGUUCAGAGUGCGGGAUGAGUUUUACACAGCAGAGCACUUUCCAGCUACACCAGCGUGUUCACACAGGAGUGAAGCCUUACGAGUGCUUACAGUGUGGGAAGAGUUUUAGGCGGCAGGACACUCUCCAGCAGCAUCAGCGCAUUCACACUGGCGAGAAGCCCUAUCACUGUUCAGAGUGUGGGAAGAGUUUCAGACAGCAGAGUCAUCUCCAGCUACACCAGCGUGUUCACACAGGGGAAAAGCCUUAUCACUGCUUGUAUUGUGGGAAGAGCUUUAGUGAUAGUCGAAAUCUCAAAACACACCAACACAUUCAUACAGGAGAGAAGCCAUAUCACUGUUCACAGUGUGGCCUGAGCUUCACUUAUUCAAGUGUGUUUAAGACACACAAGUGCAUUACAGCAGAGGCGUCGCACAUGAAUUUGUCAAGUCAAGAAAUGUAAUUAUUACUGUACUUUGGUUAAUAUGAUUUUGCAGCUGUUUUGCAUAUAGCUCUUGGUUUUGACUAGAUAUUUUGAGCCUAGACACACAUUGAAGACUGUUGAUAGGGUAAGAGCACCUGGAAUUGAUUGUGAACAUGCCGUGUGGUACACAGCAAGGCCCAAUUUCAUGGUCAGCUGUGAAAAAUGUUUAGUUUGUGGACACCUGACCAUCACACCCUUAUGUGCUUGCUGAAAAUCCCACUCCAGAUUGAAGCACAGACAACUUAAGUUCUUCCACUCCACACUUGGCAAGUCAUGUCUUCAUGUUCCUCGCUUUGUGCACUGGGUUACUGUCAUGCUGGAACAGGUUUGGGCCUCUUAGUUCCAGUGAAGGGAAACUGUAAUUCUACAGCAUACAAAGACUUACUGUACAAUUCUGUGUUUCCAACUGUGGCAACAGUCUGGGGAAGAACCACAUAUGGGUGUGAUGGUCAGGUGUCUACAUACUUUUGGCCAUAUAGUGUGUUAAUUUUGAGUUAAAAUGGAUCUGUCAACAUCUUUACUGAAGAUGCUUUAUUGUACCACUGGUGGUGGUUUUUGUAUAUUCCUGAAAAUAUUUUCUGUGUCAUUAUUGCUUUGUUCCAAAGCAUUAUAAGUAGGGCUGCAAGAUUAGUCUGAGUAAUGGAUGAUAUUCAUUAUGAAAAAACUGUCAACAUAGAGUUUUUUAUUUGAUUAGUUGCUUACUUAACCAUUUACAGAAAGAUGAGUGCACAUGCCUCUGUUCCUGGGUAGAAUGUAAUUCCACAGUGAAGCCAGUGGGGGCAGCAGUGCUGAUAUUAGUGCACCACACAGCACUGUGCACAAAGCUGUUUUCCCAACACUGAUGCAGAACGCAAAUAACUAGACUGACAGAUUUCACUUGCAAAAUACAGGCUUCUUGAUUAGAUAACAAGAAGUUGAACAAAGCCCAGACCAAAUGUGGAAAAAAGGUUUUAAUGUCAUUGUGAAUGUGACUGAUAGAAAACACGAUGGUGGGCCAUGCUCUCGCUGUCUCGCAGACAGUUCUUUGAAUGAUAGCAACAAUGAGAAAGGAAUUAAAAAAAAAAAACAAGCAAAAUUUAAAUGAGAGUUCCACUGAAUAAAAGUAAAAGCCCAAUACAGCGUAGUCUGCACAUAGCAAGAUGCCUUUCAUUGCAACACAAGCAUUAAAACGAAAGUAGCCAAAAGCUUUUGCUUGGUGAGUGAAACAUACUAAACCGUAGACAUUAUAGCCUCAUUUUACGUUUCAUUCAAUAGGCUUGAUGCUUUUUUAUGUAGUAGAAAAAUAUAUGUAGCAAGUUUAAUGAAGCUGGUAAAGCUUAUUUUUUAAUUUUUAGCCUGUUUAAUUUUGGCUUGUUAAAAUUAAUGAUGAACAUCUGUGUGAUUUAGCAUACUUUAGCUAGAGACAAAGAUCCACUUAAAUCCACAAAGUUCAAGUUUCUUGUGCUGUUAUUGAAAACAAAUUCCUUAUUUGUAAUUUAAAUUGAUUAUUGCUCUUGUAUCAGGGAAUAAUCAUUAGAUUAGCUCUAGAAGAGAAAGUCAGUAGAGUAACAAUAUGUUAAAUGUUAAGUUGUUCCUCACACUAUAUAAAUUACAUUUUACUUUAUAUUAUUGAAAAAACAACAAAAAUCCCAAAUGGUAAUUGUUAGAGCAGUUCUCAUAUACCAGCCACAUUUAAGCUGAUUAUUCGAUUAUUUGUUGAUUAAUUCACUUGAAUAAUUGACUAUUAAAAUAUGUUUGUUGCAGCCCUAAUUAUAAGAGUUAAUUCAAGUAGAUGUUUUUAGCAUUUUAUUUUUAUUGAAUGUCUAAGAGUAAUACAUUAAUAAUCUAAGACUUCAUUAACAUCUGCUUAACCUUAAUUGCCUUAAUUCUUGAUAUUUUUUGUGGCUCAUUUUCCUCAACAAAAAUUACAGCAAGAUGAAAUUGUCUAAUAAAUCAUUUAGCAUAAAUUUA